AUGAUCAAACUAUCAAUUUUCUUGAUCAUUAUUCCUAUUGUAUUUUCAUCACCAAUUCAACCUUCUCAAAAUAAUUCAAUAAUCGGCUAUCAGUUCUUGAACACUCUUUUGAAUGCAGCAAAAACAGAUGAUUAUUCAAUUUUUAACGAAACAUUUGAAGGAACAUAUUAUGUGAAUGAUGAACUUAUCAGAAAUCUUAAGGUUAGCAAAGAAUCUACCUUCAAGGAAUUCGCACGGUUUUCAUUAAUCAAUAGCACAGCUGAGGAAGUAUUUCCUCGCCCACAAACACAAUUCAAGAUUAUAUAUGGGCUAAAUGGAACAAUUCAGGGUUUGCAUAUCAAACAUCAAAUUUCAGAAGGCUUUUUUGAGUUUUGAUGUAACUAUUUUGGCUGAAAACAAAUAUCGACUUGACGCAAUGAAAAAGCAACAUAUUCCACAUUCCUCGACUAUUCCGCCAGUUUAUACUCCAGAUCAAAUCAUCGGAUAUCAAUUUUUUGAAGGUUCUUACGAAGGCGGCAGAAACAAAAGAUUAUUCAAUUUUCAGCGAAACUUUUGAGGGAAAAAUGUAUAUGAAUGAAGAAUUUGUUAUAAAUAUACCGAAAGAAUAUGUUCUCAAAGAAUUAGAUCUUUCACGGAGAGGCAGAACAUUUGAAAAGGCGUUUCCUCUUCCACAAACAAGAUUUAUCGUUAUUCGAAAUAAUGGAAGAGCUGAGAAAUUGGAAAUUUAUCAAACGAAUAAAUUUGGGUAUAUGAGUUGGAAGGCCACGAUUUUGUCGGAAAAUAGUUAUAAACUUGAUGUUUUCAACAAUGUUUUUAUUAUGAAAGAUCAACAUCAUUCUAUGGCUACAUCAAAACCUGUGCAAACCGGCAAAUAUCAUUAA